AUGUUUAAAACCCUUACCGCCAAAGCUGCUGCCUCUUUAGACCAAGAACUUAUGUCUACAGGGGCAUUUUCCAUUGAUCAACUUAUGGAACUAGCUGGCCUAGCAGUAGCUCAAUCUGUUUUCAUUCAAUAUCCUCCCACUCCUCAAGAUCAGAUUCUUGUCCUCGUAGGUCCAGGAAAUAAUGGAGGUGAUGGAUUAGUUGCUGCCAGACAUUUGAAACUUUGGAACUAUAAUCCUGUGGUAUAUUUCCCUAAGAAACCAUCCAAACCAUUAUUCCACAAUCUCAUGGUUCAAUUGAAAGAUUUGGAGGUAAAAGAGAUUCAGUCCCUUGAUGAAGCUAAAACCAUGAUGACCAAAAGCAAGGUUAUCAUCGAUGGCCUUUUUGGAUUCUCCUUCAAACCUCCAAUAAGGUCCCCUUUUGACGAGUUGAUCUCAUACAUGGCAGAAAACACCACCAAAAUUGCUCCUAUAGUAUCGAUAGAUAUUCCCAGUGGAUGGGAUGUUGAUUCAGGUCCAUUAUCUGAUACUCCAGAUAUUAAGCCCACGAUGUUGGUAAGUUUAACCGCCCCAAAACCUUGUUCAGCACAUUUCUCGGGGGUUCAUUUCCUCGGAGGGAGGUUUAUCAACAAUAAGAUUGCAGAGAAGUAUGGCAUUAAAGAUUUGAUAGACUCAUAUCGGGGGAAUGAUAUGGUGGUCAAAUUGUGA